GUUCUGUGCGCAAUACGUCACAUGGUGUAUUUUGCCUAUAAGACAUCGCAGCAACCUACGAUUUGUUGACGGCCUAUCCCGCCCCUUUCACAUUUGCUCGACCUCGUCAUUGACCUCAUACAACAAUGGGUUCUGUCACUCGUUUCGCUUCGGCCGUUUUGGCGACUUCGACCCUUCUCGGCGCUGCCUCAGCUGCCGUUUUGGACAUGCCCAUGGUCAUCAAGGAUGGCUAUAAAAUGGUUCAGGUCGGCGUCGGAAAGCCCGAGCAAGACUUCCUUCUUCUCUUCGACACUGGAAGUGCUUCGACUUGGAUGAUCGAUAGCGAGUGCGCCACGGAGUGUCCCCACUACAACAAGGACCGAGUCGGGUAUAACUUCACCGCAUCUUCCACUGGCAAAUACACGGGAGAGGACGCCUCCAUCGACUAUCUCGGAGGAAAAGUUGCUGGCCCGACCGUGGAAGAGCGCUUCGAGGCGGCUGGGUUGACUUGGCAGUCGAAGUUUAUCGCAGCCAACGAGAGCAACUGGUCUUCGCUGGCCGCUGCCGGCUUCAUGGGCCUGGCUUUUGGUAGCAUCGCUGAUGGCGGCGCUACACCCGUUUUCGAGACUCUUAUGGCGGAGAAGAAGGUGGACGAGCCUCGAUUCGGAAUUUACUAUUCGAAAGAAGAUGGCGACGAUACCAAGGGCAAGCCAGGAAAGGGCCUCCUCACACUAGGAGGGUCCAAGGAGAAGGAGUACGUCAAGGGCGACUUGAUUGAUAUUCCGAUCAACACAAACCUCAAUGACUAUGAUGUCUGGAGAUCCGUACUUCACAGCACUACCGCCUCAACAAAGGGAAAGAACAGCUCCCAGACCAGAUCUAAGGUCGACCUCGAUGUUAGGGUUGUCUUUGACACUGGAGCUUCUGGUAUCACACUUCCCGAGUCCAAGAUCGUCGAAGUUUACGAAUCUAUCGGCAUGAACUGGACGGCAAUUCUCAACGGCGACCAUAUUCCCCUGUGCAGCGAGUUUACCAAGGACUGGUCUGUUGCCUUCGAGGUUGGCUACUACGGCGACAGCAGGUUCCUCAACGUCACCGGCGAUCAACUGGCUCUUCCUGGUUUUGCAAACAGAGACGAUGCUUGCUGGCCACCGAUGGAUUCUGGGGCUGAGGGCUUCGCCUUGCUUGGUACUCGGUUCCUGAAGAACUUCUACACCGUCUGGGACUACGGCGUGUUCCCCGAGGAGGCUGGGUUCAUCCGUCCCACCCUGUCUUUUGGCUACUUGAAGGAAGGCAAAUAGAUCAAUAAUGUCGUAUUCUAGUUUCGCUGGGCAAUAUAAUUAUACGACUUUCUUCGUGUUAAAUCGCUUUUGUUCCGCUCCGCUUUCUUUGACCAAUGCUCUGUCCCUCAUAUGAGUUGUG